AUGGCCCGAUUGAACAGAAGGAUUCAAAACCUGGGGCCCAAUGCCCCCAGGCAGAACUUCGUGUACAUGCGUUUUCGGCUGGCUCGCCAGAACGCGGCCUACCUGGCAGCGAGAUUUAUCCAAGAAGCAUGCGAGAGGGUGGGUGUCGCGCACGGACUGGUGCUCAACCGCAACCUGCUGCUCAACAGCGGCGAGGGCACGUUGGAGUACGUGCCAGGCAUCAGCCCUCAAAAAACCGAGAAAGCCAAGAGGCUCAGUCGCCACUAUAUUGCCAGCAAAAAGUCCCUUUUAAAGGACUUGAGCGAGAAGAUUCUCCAGUUCGUCGAAGAUGACUGGGGUAUCCUCAACAGCUUCCAGGGCUUGCCAGACAGUGGGCCAGUUCUAACGCCCCCAGGGGUCAAAGGCAUGUCCGAAAAGUGGCUUUUCGGAAUGCUCGAAAUCGGAGUGUUCCGAAGGCAAGUCGCUGCGGUCACAAAGUGCACCACCACAGACAUCAGAGCCGCCAGCGAAGAUCACCUCAUAGGGGAUGCUUCGCUGGUUGGCAAUUUGCGGAACAGCCGCAAUUUGCAAAAUUUUGUCAAUCACUCCCCAGGUAUUUCUUUGAAGCAUUACCAGGUGACCGACUCAAGUCAAUUGAACGGGAAGCUUGGAAAGCUUAUGGCCGAGAAGCCGUAA